GGCAGACAGCAGAGACAGGGCUUUUGCAAACAUCACAAGCAGACAGCUCUGAGGACAGCCACAGUGGAUCUCCUGAAUUAGCUCACCAGGGAAAUCAGAGACCAACUAUGGCUUGGCUUUUCCCCAGAACCACAGGGGCUCUGGCUGUUUUAAUGGUGGUGGUGUUGGUUCAUGGAGAAUUGCAAAUAGAGACAAAAGGACAACAUGGAGAAGACGAGACAGCAAUGCAACAAGCCAGAAGAAGAUACAAACGUGAGUGGGUGAAAUUUGCCAAACCCUGCAGAGAAGAAGAAGACAACUCAAAAAGAAACCCGAUUGCCAAGAUUUCUUCAGAUUUCCAAGCAACCCAGAAAAUAACCUACCGAAUUUCUGGAGUUGGAAUUGAUCAGUUCCCCUUUGGAAUCUUUGUUGUUGACCCAAACACUGGUGAUAUUAACAUAACAUCCAUAGUUGAUCGAGAGAAAACACCAAGCUUCCUGAUCACAUGUCGAGCUCUAAAUGCCUUAGGAAAAGAUGUAGAAAAACCACUUAUACUAACGGUCAAAAUUUUAGAUAUUAAUGAUAAUCCUCCAGUGUUUUCACAAAGCAUAUUCCAGGGUGAAAUUGAAGAAAAUAGUGCUUCAAACUCACUGGUGAUGAUACUGAAUGCCACAGAUGCAGAUGAACCAAACAAUCUGAACUCGAAAAUUGCCUUCAAAAUUGUCUCCCAGGAACCUUCAAGCAUGUCCAUGUUUCUCAUAAGCAGAAAUACUGGAGAAGUCCGAACUUUGACCAAUUCUCUUGAUCGAGAGCAAGUUAGCAGCUACAGUCUGGUUGUGAGUGGCGCAGACAGAGAUGGAGAAGGGCUGUCGACUCAAUGUAAAUGUAAUAUUAAAGUGAAAGAUGUCAAUGAUAACUUCCCAACGUUUACAGAAUCUCAGAAUCCUAUAUCUUUUCUCUUGCACCAAGCUCUCUGUCCUCUGCUAGGUUUGUUGGAUUGGGUUUGUGACACUUCCUUCCUUCGAAUUUUAUUUUCUCUCCAGCCUCUCGAUUAUGAACAAAUGCAAAGCAUGCAAUUUGGUAUCGCUGUCAAAAACAAAGCCGAAUUCCACCGGUCCAUAAUCUCUCAAUAUCGAGUUCAGUCAAUCCCAGUCACAGUCCAGGUCGUAAAUGUCAAAGAAGGAAUUUCAUUCCGCCCUUCUUCAAAGAUAUUCACUGUGCAAAAAGGCAUAAGUAGUAAAAAACUGAUUGGUUAUGUCCUGGGCACAUAUCAAGCCACUGAUGAAGACACUGGCAAAGCUGCCUCUGCUGUCAGAUAUGUCAUGGGUCAUAAUCACGGUGGUUUGCUAACUAUUAAUUCAAAAACGGCUGAAAUCAAAUUUGUCAAAAACAUUGACCGGGAUUCUACUUUCAUCAUUAAUAACACAAUCACAGCUGAGGUUCUGGCCAUAGAUGAAUACACAGGUAAAACUUCCACAGGCACCGUGCGUGUUAGAGUACCAAGUUUUAAUGAAAAUUGUCCACCAGUGGUCCUGGAGAAGGACGAAGUCUGUGGUCCCUCACCUUCUGUGGUUGUCUCUGCUCAAAACCUGCAAAGGGAUAGAUACCCUGGUCCCUACACAUUUUCACUGGAACAGAAACUGCAGAAGUUGCCAGUUGUUUGGACUAUCACAGCACUCAAUGGUACCUCUGCUCUCGUGAGAGCCCAGCAAAAGAUGUCUCCUGGAGUGUACAGAAUUCCCCUCAUAAUUACGGACCAUCAGGACAGGCAAUUGGCUCCCCUUCUGCUGCUGACCUGUUCCUGUGGGACAACUCCCAUCGGAGGGGUGACAGGUGGUUUUAUCCCGGUUCCCGAUGGUUCUGAAGGGACAAUUCAUCAGUGGGGAAUCGAAGGUGCCCAACCUGAGGACAAGGAAAUCACAAAUAUCUGUGUACCAGCUAUAACAGCCAAUGGAGCAGAUUUCAUGGAAAGUUCUGCAUUUGCCUAUGCAGAGGAAGAAGACACCCAGGAAGCAAAUGACUGUUUGUUGAUCUAUGAUGAUGAAGGCGUGGCUGAUGCCCCGGGUUCUCCCAUAGGUUCCCUGGGUUGUUGCAGUUUUAUUGCUGAUGAUCUGGAUGACAGUUUCUUGGACUCCCUCGGCCCCAAAUUUAAAAAACUUGCAGAGAUAAGCCUCGGUAUUGAUGAUGAAGCCAAACAAGCUCAGCCAUGCUCUAAAGACAAGGGUUCUGGCAUUGACUCCUGUGGUGGCACCAUGGAAGUCCAACAGCCAGGAUUUGACAGGUGCCAGACUCUGUCUGGUAGCCAAGGGAUUUCUGCUUGUUCCGCUUCUGGGUCUGUCCAACCGGCCAUUUCCAUCCCUGACCCUCUGCAGCAUGGUAACUAUUUGGUAAAGGAGUCCUACUCUGCUUCUGGAUCCUUUGUGCAACCUACCACUGCAAUCUUUGAUCCACUUCUCACUCAAAAUGUAAUAGUGACAGAAAGGGUGAUUUGUCCCCUUUCCAGUGUUCCUGGCAACAUAGCUGUCUCAACAGAGCUACGGGAGUCAUGCAAUAUGCUCUAUUCAGAAAAUCCUUGCUCCCACCUAUGAUCAGCACAUAACAGAAUAACGUUCUGGAAGAAUCUGAGUAUUUGGACCAAAUUUCUUAAAAUAGCAGCAAAGCUCACUACAUUGUGUGAAUUUAGCAUUUAUUGGAUACUCUGAUAAACUGUUCAUGAUUAUAAUUUAAAUGUUCUGGUUCGUACCUCAAAUAGGAUGUAUCAUCACUCCUAAUUCUGGAAUAUUUUUCAAAUUGAGGUAAACAUUUAUGUUUUUCAAAAAUCUUAUGAUCAUAUUGGGUGGGAAAUUUUCCUAGACACUUUUAAACGUAUAUGCUUUCAGUGCCAAAGAAAGGUGUUUAUCACUUUGAACAGAAAUGUGGUUCAGUGGAUUAGCACUUGGAGUCAAGAGUCCUGAUUCUUGUCUCUGUUGCCUUUUCUUAUAUCAUUACUAAUGAUAUAAGAACAUUAUUACUAAUGACUUCAGAAUCUCGAGGCAUUUGCCAAAGCAUUUUGAGCUGCUCAGAAUAAAAGAAAUAACUUCA